CGCUGAAACCAUGCAAAAUAAAGUACAUUUUUCUUCAACACACAAUCUGGCUUAAUAAAGGUGUGAAAGAAUAACACUGGAGAAAUCGCUCAGCUCAACGUUGCUCCACUUGCUGCAGGAGGAUCAGGACAGGAGGCUUCAGAUCACGAACCUUGGGGAACCUGGAGGGAGAUCACUGCUUCUUCAGUGGCAUUUGCAAUGGAUUCAGAAUUAGAACAACGUCUUGACAAUCAUGCACUUCAUGUGCAAGAGGAAGACAAUGAUUUCAAUGCACAUUUACAAGGAAGGAAGGAAGUUAAAGCUUGUAGAGACAAAAGCAUCGAAGAAACAGACCUCAAUAAACCAGCGUACUGUGUGACUGACGUCCCUCCAUGGUACCUUUGUAUUUUCCUGGCCAUUCAGCAUUACCUGACAGCUUUUGGGGGGAAUAUUUCCAUCUGUUUCAUUCUCUCCGAGGGGCUGUGUCUGCAACACGACAGUUUGACCCAGAGUUACCUCAUUAACAAUCUUUUCUUCGUCAGCGGUCUGUGCACUGUCCUGCAAGUGACCUUCGGUAUCAGGCUUCCUAUUCUCCAGGGCGGUACAUUUGCCCUGAUAAUUCCUACCAUGACCUUGUUGAACCUGCCAGAGAUGAAAUGUCCAGACUGGAGUAAGAAUGCCACACUGGUCAAAGCCUCCUUUCCCGAAUUCACUGAAAUGUGGCAGUCCCGCAUGAGAACACUGCAGGGCUCUAUCAUGGUGGCUUCACUCGUUCAAAUACUGGUUGGUUUCUCAGGCCUCAUCGGUUUCCUCAUGCGCUUCAUUGGUCCUUUAACGAUUGCUCCCACCGUGUCUCUUAUUGGCCUGUCACUGUAUGACACAUCCGGAGACAAGGCCGGUAGCCACUGGGGUAUCUCUGCAAUGACCGCAGUGCUGAUCAUCCUGUUCUCUCAGUACCUUCGCUCCAUACCAAUCCCUGUUCCUGCAUACAGCAAAACCAAGAAACUGCACAGAUCUAAGUUUUUUCUCUUCCAAAAGAUGCCUGUUCUGUUGGGCAUUCUACUUUCAUGGUUAAUCUGCCACCUCCUCACCGUUUCCAACAUUCUACCAUCGGAUAACAACCAGUAUGGCUACGAGGCCCGCACUGAUGUGAAGGGAAAUGUCCUGAGCGAGGCCUCCUGGUUUAUGAUACCUUAUCCGGGGCAGUGGGGGAUGCCAAGUGUGAGCCUGGCCGGUGUGUUUGGCAUGAUAGCUGGACUAAUAUGCUCCAUGGCAGAGUCUGUGGGAGACUACCACUCAUGCGCUAGGCUGUCAGGAGCCUGUCGUCCCCCGAAGCAUGCCAUCAACCGAGGCAUCGGCAUUGAGGGGCUUGGCUCUCUGUUAGCCGGGGCCUUUGGCACAGGCAAUGGCACCACUUCUUUUAGUGAGAAUGUGGCAGUCCUGGGCAUCACUAAAGUGGCCAGUCGUAGAGUGAUUCUCAUGAGUGGAUUUUUCAUGAUUUUGAUUGGGAUGCUGGGCAAAAUCGGAGCUAUUUUCUCAACCAUUCCAAACCCUGUAAUUGGAGGACUGUUCAUGGUCAUGUUUGGUGUCAUCGCUGCAGCUGGAAUAUCUUCUCUGCGGGCCACAGACAUGUAUUCUUCCCGAAACAUUUUUGUUUUCGGCUUCUCUCUGUUUUCUGCACUUGUAAUUCCAAACUGGAUCAUGAAGAAUCCUGAAGUCCUCAACACAGGUGUCAAAGAGGUCGAUCAAGUUUUGCAAAUAUUAUUCACCACCCGGAUGUUUAUCGGAGGAUGCUUUGGCUGUUUCCUGGAUAACACAAUUCCUGGGUCUAAACGUGAACGUGGCCUCCUCGACCAAGAAGAUGAUGAAGAUUUAAAAGAAAAGGUGUAUGGCCUGCCCUUUGGCUUAUCUUCCCGUCUUCAGUCCCGGCCCUGGGUUCGUUAUAUCCCCUUCUGCCCAUCUGAAGAUCACAGUUGUCCGGAAAAGGCUGAAGACACCAUCACAUCACAGAGGCGAUUGAGUAAACACAGCAUAGUUGAUGAAACGCUCUAAUAGGUGUUUCUUAGAGGUGGUGAAUAUAUCAUGAACUUAUACUUUAGGUCUCACAGUUAGAAUGAACCACUGGGUCUAUUAUUUCGCUAAUGUGCUGUAUGCUUCAAAGUGACUAAGUUGCUAUGUGAUUGAUGAAAAAUUAAAUAUAAAGAUACAGUUUUCAAGAUGAAACAUAUUUCUGAUUACAAUGUAGAAAAACUGCCAUCUGAGUGCUUUUGUUAACAUGUAAAUCAGUUUUACCGCAGCUUCAGCCUGUCAACACAGAGAAAAAUAAAAACAUCGGGAAGUGAGCUAUAGCUCUCACAUACUGUCAACACAGUCCCCAUUUGCAGAAACAAACAGAUAAGACGUCUUCUCAAUCUUUCCCUUUGCUUAUUGUGCUGUCAUUUCUUUCCCCCUGUAUUCAUGUCCUCUGAUAUAGAUGGGAUAUGUAUUAACACUCUGAUCUGUGGCCUCAUACUUUUCUACUAGAGGGCCAACUGUAGCCACUGGUCAAUGUUUUACUGCCAACACUAAUAUAAGCUACUUUGGAAAUUUGUCUUUUUUUUCUUUGUAUAACUCUUUCACCACCUGGCUCAUUAUAAUCACUGAUUGAAUCUGAUUUUAUCACUGAAUGAAUGACAUGAAAUUAAACCAAACAAAUGCGGUUUAAUGGCUGCAAUUUAGGGCAAAUGUCAGGUUGCUCAUCACUGUCUGGUUUAUAAGCACACUGAAACUGAACAAUGAUGAAACGUCCCACCUUAUAAAUGUACCACCAGCCACGACUGGUUCUGAAUCUGGUCCAUAUGUCUCCCAUGCAGGCGGGAAUGGUGCAUCAGCAAAACGAAAGUACAUUUUUAUGAAUUCAGUAUGACUGCCUGCAAUUUCACAGUGAUGAAAGAUAAGGUCAUCUGUACACGUCCUAAACUUGACAUUACUUUCCUCUGUGGUUGCACAUCUGCAAUAUUAAUUUCUAAUUUGGAUAACAGCAACAAAACAGCAACAUGUUUUCACAUUUAUCACAAUUUUUCAAACACCAACUACACCUUUGCCCCCAGUAAAAUUAGUACCUUGAGACCUGCUCAAAGUUUCUUUGUGGCCAUUGAAACUGCCUUCAACAAAAAGAUGGAAAUGAGCGAAGUUAGCGAUAGCUAGCUAGACAUUAGCUGAGGGUGUGAGUAAUUUGCCAGUUAGCUACACAAUAACCAGCAGCAAUGUGCGAGAGCAUGUUGUGGACUUGCUGUGUCUCGUUGUUCUGCUACUACAGUGAUGUCAGCUUCUUUCAAUAUGGAGACAUUCUGGUAGAAUCCUAAAACAGGAUUUCAGUGCGCUAUGGGUGACGUCCCUUUAGCUCAGUCCAGCUUUUACAUACAGUCAAUGAUUGGGGUCUUUGUAUUUGUGUUGUAUAUUUUGUGGUUGUGUUGGGGGGUUGGCCCUUCUGGGCCAGUGUACUUUUUUCACUGUACUUUUUUCACUGUACAUCAUUUUAAAUCUGGGCUUCACUUUUGAUAUUGUUCAAUGUUAUCUCCUGCUCAAUGUAAAGGUGGGAUCUGUUCUUUGUUUUCAGUGAAGCAACAGAAAUUGCUUUGCAUCUUGCAAUGUGGCAGCAACUUCUAUGAGGCUAAAAGUGCUUUCUGAUGCUCACACUGUUAAGUAGUUUGAGCACUGCUGCCACCUAGUGACUGGAGGCCUGUUCAAUGUUCAAAGAUACCCUGAUACCCCACUAUACCAACUAUAUGAGAAAAUACGGCUGUGCACAUUGAACUUUAAAACAUUCGGAGCUCCAGUCAGUUUUAAUUGGAGCUUCUAAGUUGCCCACAGACGUGAAUGUGACUGUCUGUAUGUGUUUGCCUUGUGUUGAACUGAUGUCCUGUCCAGGAUGCACACUGUCUGCUCAGUGUCAGCAGGAACUGACUCCAGUUCCCCACCAACUUAGUUGAAUGAAGCCAUACAGAAGAUGGAUAUUGUACUGGAAUAAAGACAAUUAACCUUGA